UCUUUCAAGUUCACACAUAAAGAGUGUGAUUCUAUUAUAAUAAUAAUUUGUAUUUUGUUUUUCUGGACAGGAAUAAUGUAAUGUGAAUUGUGAUUCAAAUUAAAUAUUGUGUAUUGUAAAAUCAUUAUUUUUAAUACCUACCGCUUUAGAUUUCUCAACAACUUAAACAUACCUGUAUUUCUACUUCAAUUUAAACGUGAAUUUAAAUUAUUUAAAAUGAAGUAUUUCUGCCUAAUAUUCGUAUGUUUAUUCAAAAAUUUGGUUUGCCUUGACUACGAUGGAUGGUUGAACAUUAAACUGGAGCAUAACAUAAAUUGCAAAAAUGAGAAAUUUUGCUCACGCGGUAAUAUAUCUCUAAAAAGCAUAAGGGCAGGAACAGCUAUUAUAAGUCAAAUUUCCUUUACUAAAGAUCAUAUAGACGAACUCAAGGAAAUUGCUGAUUUAGAUGGGUUGUAUUCAGUUAGAAGUCUAGUAACAUCUGCUGAUAGUAAAGAAACAGAGUUUCUAUCAUCUGUAAAAGCAAAAUUAUUCUUGGAAAAUAGACUGUCAGAUGUUAUAAGUUCAUGGAUAUUGCCAAAUGGGGAAGUAAUUGCAGUGACUUUCCAAGUUAAUAAUUUAUCCCAAAAUCAAAGCUUGCAGUACCACAAAGGAGAGUAUCCCAUUAAUUCAAAUUUCUAUGUUCGUCAUGUGGAUCUCGCUCCUGUCCCGGACACUGCUUCCUAUAUACAGAAGUUGGAUAGGGAGAGAGAGGCAAGAGAAAAGGGUGAUUUAAAAGACAAUAGAUCCUUUUUAGCUAAAUAUUGGAUGUACAUUGUGCCCAUAGCUAUUUUUGUUAUGAUAUCUGGUGUGACCAAUCCCGAACCUGCACCUCAAGCAUCAAGAUAAUUUAUUAAAAUAUA